CCACAAAGAUAAUACUAUUGAAUACAAUCAAAAAAUCAAAUGGGUAAGAUAGUGGAAGAGAAGCCGAAGAAGAAGAAAGGAAGACCUUCUUUAUUAGAUCUCCAAAAAAGAAAACUUCUUCAGCAACAGCAAGAACAACAAGAAUUACAGAAAAGAAACCCUAAUUUUUUUGGAAAUAUCCCCAAUUCUAAUUGUAAUAAUGGUGGUGAUGAAGAUGAUGAGGUGGACGCUAAUGGGAACAGGAAAGAAAAGAAAUUGCAAUUUGUUGUUAAAUUACAGAAUUCACAACAACAUCAAAGUCCAUUUUUGAAUACUAAUUCUCAUAAUUCGGAAUCGAAUUUAUUGUUGGAUGAUGGGAAUGGAGAGAAUCCAUAUAAGAAAAGAAAGAUCAAUGAUGUUGUUGGAGAUGGAUCUGCUCAAUUUUUUGAUCAAACGGGAGAGAGACACGAUUUCAACUUCAACUCAACAAGUAAUACUCAUCAGGCAGGAUUACCUUUGGAAUCAGGACCCACAACACCUUUACCAGACAAAAAGUUGUUGUUUGUCAUCUUGGACAGGCUUCAAAAGAAAGACACUUACAGUGUAUUCUCGGAACCUGUGGAUCCAGAAGAGCUACCAGAUUAUUUCGAGAUUAUACAGCAUCCAAUGGAUUUUGGAACUGUUAGAAAAAAGUUGGAUGUCGGGGCAUAUGCUUCAUUAGAGCAAUUCGAGAAAGAUGUCUUUUUGAUCUGUUCAAAUGCAAUGGAAUAUAAUGCACCAGAUACCAUCUACUUCCGACAGGCAAGAUCGAUAAAUGAGCUGGCAAAAAAGGAUUUUGAGAACUUAAGGCAAGAUAAUACUGGUCCUGAAGCACAACCAAGAGUAGUAAGAAGAGGUAGGCCACCAAAGCAUCUGAAAAAGCCUGAAAUCUUUUCAGAUGCAGCUCUAGCAACAGGAGUAGAUAAUAGCAUUUUCUCAAACUCGUAUAAUCUAAGGAAAGGGCCUGUAUCCAUUGCUAAUGAUACACCGGCAAAGACUCGAUAUAAGGAGGCUAGUUGGUCGACAGAGCGUAAGUGGGAUAGAAAUGACGAUUUUUCAGGUAUGACAUUCAAGGCAAUGUCAAUGAAGAUUGGAAAAAAGCAAAUCAUCCUAGAUGAAAAUCGUCGCAACACGUAUUUUCUGCAACCAGAGCCUUCAAUUUUUACCAUCAUAGAUGAUGAAGAGAAACAGUUAAUGAAUGUGGGGCUUCAUGUGGAGCGUGGGUAUGCAGAAAGCAUGGCUAAAUUUGCUGCGAAUCUUGGGCCUACUGCAUGGAAAGUAGCUGCUAAGAAGAUUUCAAGGACUCUGCCUCCAGGAACCAACUUUGGCCCUGGCUGGGUUGAAGAAAAAGAGGUUGUUCCACCACAUCUACAGAUGCCUCAGUCAACGUGUUCACCCCAACGGCCACCACCACAUCCUCAACAACAACUGUUUUCUGUGCCGCAAUUCUCACCAUCUGCUACUACUUCUCCAAUGGAAGUGAAAGGUGCUAAAUUGUUGGAUAAUCAUGAAUUUUCAGAUAGGUUGAGGUCUGAUAUGCAUCUGAUCAGAAGUUUCCCUUCGUCAUCUACUUCUGUCCCUUCUUCGAUAUUUAUGAACAAGGCACCUGAAUCAAUUAUUGAGCAUCAGAUGUCCACUGUGAAAGGACCUCAAACUGGGUACGAUUCAAUGAACAGUAGCAGCAGUUCCGGGAUUAAACAUCCUCACUUCCAGAUUCGUCAAAAUCCAGCUAAGCUUACUCCUAAUUUGAAUGGUUUUACCGGUGGGUUCGGAUAUAACCCUGCCAAUCAGGUGGCAAACCAUUGGCAAACUGGGCACUUUAGUUCGGAGGGUUCUGCACGAAUACCAGAUGUACUUUCCGGAAGCAACAACUUGGCUCAUUCAGUGGCUAUGAACCAUUUUGAAUCUGAAGAGCAUAGGUUUUUAGCACCAUCAGGGUCUGCUAGUCCAAUGAAUUUCAGUAUGUCUUUAUCUGGUACCCACCACAACGAGGCAUCAGCAGUGUCAGGAAACACUGGAAUGAUUCAAAUGCAUCCAAAUUGGAGGGGAAUAGGAUCAUCAACGUCGGCCCUACAACAACAGCAGAAACAAAUUUCUGUUCCACCAGACUUGAACGUGAUGUUCCAGUUACCGAGCUCCCCUAAUCCAAACAUACGAGGUGAUUCACCCCAGCCGGAUUUGGCAUUACAACUCUGAGGUUAGAUUAGUUCAUUUUUGAUCAAUUUUUUUCUUGUAAUGGCAGUUUUGUACAGAUUCAAUUAAAUCAUUUUUACCCUAUUUUUUAGAUAGAAUAAACGAAAAUCUCAUUUGUAACCAACAAUGACAUGGUUUUAGUUUUAAAGAGAAAAUUUUGUACAGUUACU